AGAGGAGGACCGAACAUGAGGGGGAAUGGAGCUGAGAAAACAGAAGUCCUCAGUGAUGAUCUGCUUCAGAUUGAACGGCGCCUGGACACGGUGCGCUCCGUCUGCCAUAAUUCCUGCAAGCGGCUUGUGGCCUGUUUGCACGGGCAGUAUGGAACCGAUACAGAGAAAAGACACAAGAAGCUCCCCCUCACCGCUUUUGCUCAGAACAUGCAAGAAGGCGCUCAGCAGCUGAGUGACGAAACCUUACUGGGGAAAAUGCUGGAGACCUGUGGCGAGGCAGAAAAUAAGCUUGCCAUGGAACUCUCUCACCAUGAGGUGCAGGUCGAGAAGGAGAUUUUGGACCCCCUGAACCUGCUGACGGAGACAGAAAUCCCCAACAUUCAGAAGCAGAGGAAGCAGCUGGCGAAACUGGUGCUGGACUGGGAUUCGGCGAGAGCUCGGUGGAACCAGGCCCAUAAAACGUCAGCGACUAACUUCCAGGGUCUUCCGUCUAAAAUAGAUUCCCUCAAGGAGGAGAUGGAUGAAGCAGGGAAUAAAGUUGAGCAGUGUAAGGAUCAACUUGCCGCGGACAUGUAUAACUUCAUUUCCAAAGAAGGCGACUACGCCCGAUAUUUUGUCUCUUUAUUAGAAGCCCAAGCAGAUUACCAUAGAAAAGCCUUAGCAGUCUUAGACAAGGUGCUCCCCGAAAUCCAAGCCCAUCAAGACAAAUGGACGGAGAAGCCGGCCUUUGGGACGCCCUUGGAGGAACACCUCAAGCGCAGCGGCCGAGAAAUCGCCCUCCCGAUCGAGGCGUGUGUGAUGAUGCUCUUGGAAACGGGCAUGAAGGAAGAGGGCUUGUUCCGAAUCGCUGCCGGCGCCUCUAAGCUAAAGAAGCUGAAAGCUGCCUUGGACUGCUCUGCCUCGCACCUGGAUGAGUUCUACUCCGACCCCCAUGCCGUGGCAGGUGCGCUGAAGUCUUACCUGCGGGAGCUGCCAGAACCGCUCAUGACCUACGCCUUGUAUGAGGAAUGGACGCAAGUCGCCAACAUCCAGGAUCAGGAUAAGAAAUUGCAGGACCUGUGGAGAAUUUGCCAGAAGCUGCCAAAGCCUCACCUAGCCAACUUCAGGUACCUGAUCAAAUUCCUUGCGAAACUCGCCCAGUACAGCGACCUUAACAAGAUGACCCCCAGUAACAUCGCCAUCGUGUUGGGCCCAAACCUGUUGUGGGCCAAGAAUGAAGGCUCCCUUGCAGAGAUGGCAGCGGCUACUUCAGUGCACGUGGUGGCGGUUGUGGAGCCCAUCAUCCAGCACGCUUCCUGGUUCUUUCCAGAAGAGAUGGACUUCAACGUGUCGGGAGCAUUUGUGGGGCAGCCUGCGGUGAACUCCAACCACCUCUCGGGGAACGACUACGACUCGGGGACGCUGGAGCGGAAGCGGCCCGUGAGCAUGGCGGUGAUGGAUGGGGAGAUGCUGAGGAAGGAAAGCUUUGGUCUCAAGGUUCUGGACUUCCAGGCGAACCCCCGGAGAGGCGGCACUCUCAGUAGAAAGCACGCGGCCCCAGCUUUCCAGCCACCCCUUCCUCCCAUGGAGGCUGGCCUGGUGGCUCCAGCCACGACGGAGCAGCCCCCGCAGGGCUCGGGGGCUGAACCCGGCCUCUUAGGUGCCACCUCUGCCCCCCUUCCUGACCCAACAGAGCAGUCCCCAAACCAAGGCACUGCUGAGGAGAGCAGUGCCUCCAAGCAGAAGGACCCCACGCCCUCAACGACGCCUCCCCCAAUAAGAAACGGGGCCCACGGAAGCGCCGCCCCAGCCCCCCCACAGCCUGCCAGCGGGAGAGACUACAUGAGAUGGAAAAGCUGGCCAUGGCCGAGCACCCCUCCUCUCGAGAAGCACAGCGGCAGCUCCCCGGCGCCUCCCCCUUCCGCUCAGGACGCUCCGACCGCUCAGUCGCCGCCUCCGACAGGCACCUUGCCGCGGCCGAGACCAGUGCCCAAGCCACGGAACCGGCCCACGGUGCCCCCUCCGCCUCACCCGCCGGCUCCCCACCUGGCUGGGGAAGGGUCUCUUCCCGGGGGGCCGCCCUCCACAGCGUCUCGCAUCGUGACUGACUCCAGUUCCAGCGUCCAAGAGCCACCCCGGGGCCUUCCUGGCCCAGAGCUUCCUGCGGUGGAACCUUCCCCUUUGCCGAAUCCGAGUUCGCACAACCACCUUGUGCUUGACAUCGAUCACGAUACCGAAAGCACUGCUUUGUAAGAAGGAAACCCAGCCAACCAACAGAAACCACUCCGAGGCUUUCUCCCCCAAUUGGAAUUAACCCAGUCAAGACUGAACAGUGAGAAGCUUAAAAAAAUUUUUUUAACAAAAUGAUAUGGCAGGCAUGUCUCUGGAGAAGAUAACCAAGCUAUAUCCGAAGAGGUUUUAUGACCUGUGUCUUGACAAUGAUGCCUCGGAUGAGGCUAGGGUGAUCUGGCAAUUUUUUAAAAAAAAUAAAAAGCUUAGUUGCUGCUGUUAACCAGAAAUGACAUUUGCCGAAAAAUCCUGAGAGAAUCCAAAGCAAUGCAUGUAUAAUGAAAAUAACUUUUUUUUCUUAAGAGCCUCUUGAAUUUUUACUUCUAAUUCUUUGCUCUUACCAAGGAGGUGGCUCACGAGAGACCUUCCGUCUCUGCCAUGCUGCAGACUCUUUAUUAACGUAUGAACCAAAAAUGAAACCCACAGGUGCCGAGAGGGUGGCUGCGGGUUAUCGGCCACCUCUCAGAGCGGUGGACGUCUUCUUUUGUGCCUUGAUGGACUCUUAUCCCCGUAGAAGGAAACAUUCUGUCUUGCUAACCAUUUCAGUGCUACUCUCCCCUCCCCUUUUUUUAAAGUAUUGUUAUUUACCCCUUAAUUUUUCAUAGUUAUUUGUAUCUACCACCCUGCUUUGGUUUCUGUAACAGCCGUAGACAGCUGCUGUCAAGCUGAAAACUUUGGAAUGUAUGUAUUGCUUUAAGUUCUUAUAACGGAGUUGAAAUUUGAAAGUGAUUUUGAACAUGUUUGGAUUCAUCUGUCGAGUAAAACUAUUCUCACUUUCA